AUGACCGUUUACGAAGUCAGGAAGAAGUGGAUCACCAACGGCAUCUUCGCCGAUUACUUCACUGUGGCGUGCCGCACAGGAAAGCCUGGUGUAGGUGGCAUCAGCUUGCUGCUUGUGGAGAAGGACAUGCCUGGUGUGGAGACGCGGAAGAUGAAGUGCUCGGGCGCAUGGUCUUCCGGCACAACCUACAUCACCUUCGACGAUGUCAAGGUGCCGAAGGGAAACCUGCUCGGCAAGGAGGGCAAGGGCUUCCAGUACAUGAUGCAGAACUUCAACCACGAGCGCUUCGCCUUCUGCGCUAUGAGCACGCGCUUCGCCAGAGUUUGCUUGGAAGACUCUCUGAAGUUCGCCGGUAAGCGCAAGACCUUCGGGAAGACUCUCAUCCAGCACCCCGUAAUUCGGUGGAAGGUGGCGGAGAUGGCCCGCCAAAUCGAAGCGACCCACAAUUGGCUGGAGUGGAUCACCUUCCAGCUGAACACUAUGCCCAAGCUUGAGGCCAUGCUGAAGCUUGGAGGGCACACGGCUCUGUGCAAGGUGCAGUGCACCAAGGUCAUGGAAUACUGCGCACGGGAGGCUGCCCAGAUCUUCGGAGGUUUGUCCUACUCGCGAGGAGGUCAAGGAGAGAAGGUGGGC